CAAAAGCUCCUCCCCGCUCUUCAUAAUCUCCAGGAUCUCUCCGUGUCAUUGACUCGGAUUGCGAAUCGAACCUUCUCCGCAACUUGCCCAAACCUUGAAAUAUAGAGAUACUUCUAAAAGAAGCCACUAGAUCUUGUUGUGGGAGCGGGCUGAUCCGGUUUCAACCCAAUGGAUUUACACUGCUGCUCCGCCUGCCGCCUGGCUUUGCUCCUGUUGGCUUGUUGCGUCGGACACUUAAUGGCUAGCCGAAGAAACAUCCCGCGGAGGCAAGAUAGGCUGGGACCACCUCUGGAUAUAAUUCUGGAUUCCCUGAACUGCACAGCAUUCAGCAUACAAUGGAGAAUGCCUCGUCAGCAUGCAAGUACCAUCACAGGAUAUACUGUAUAUUACUCAGAGGUGAAGGAUGAUAAAGCAAUUAAACAGCAGUCACAUGAUGUGCCUCUCAGUCUGGACAUGCUUGGUAUGGGUCAACUGGACGGGCAAGCAAUUUUUGAAGUUGUUAUUGGAGACUUGAAGCCAGGUACUCUCCACCGUGUCAGCGUAGGCGCUUACGGCUGGGCAGGAAAAGGCCGGCCCAGCAUGCCCAGAAAUGUUACAACUUUAUCACAAGAUAAAUGUAUGCCUCCUGAUCCACCAUAUCAGCCUCAAGUCAUCGUUGUUUCUGACUCUGAAGUUACACUGUCAUGGAAACCAGGACGCAGUGAAGGAAGUUCCCCAAUUCAGUACUACAUAGUGGAAUUUAUCAGGCCUGCGCUUGACACCAAUUGGACAGUAAUUCGAGAACAGAUCCAGAUGGACUCCAUGGUUUUGAAGGGGCUUACUCCAAACAACAAGUACCAGUUUGCAGUCCGAGCAGUGAAUUUGUAUGGAUCUAGCCUUCCUAGCACUCCCAGCGACACUAUCAGAAUGUUCAGUCCAGAAGAGUUAGGGAGUGGAAGCUAUGGGCAUCGUUAUAUCACAGACUCUGGAAUUGGUGACGACGAUGGAAUUGACAUUGAUGACUCAGACUAUGACAUUUACAUUGAUGAGCUCAAACCACUUCCUGCUAUCAAAGGAGGCAACAGGAAGUUUUUAGUUGAAACCAAGAUCACACAAGAGUCUAAUACAAGACUCCUUUCUAGGCGGCUUUCAACGACUUCAUAUCCUAUUACUUCCCCUGCCACAACCACACGCCUACCACGCACCACCACUGCUACUGCCAUGACUGCUAAGGCCCUCAGAAGGAACAGCGGGGCUUCGACAGUGAGACAGUCUGAUCAAUCCUGCGAUGAAACCAUCUGCUCCACCGACAGCUUUUGUGUGAAUGAUUAUGAGCGAAGUGGCUCUCGCUGCCACUGCAACCUUGGCAAAGGAGGAGAGAGUUGCUCAGAAGAUGUUAAUAUCCAGUAUCCUCAGUUUUUUGGUUACUCGUACAUCACCUUUGAACCUCUGAAGAAUUCAUACCAGAAAUUCCAAAUUACUGUUGAAUUUAGGGCUGAAGCAGAGGAUGGCUUGCUUUUGUACUGUGGAGAGAAUGAGCAUGGGCGUGGUGACUUCAUGUCAGUAGCAAUCAUCAGGCGAAACCUUCAAUUCAGGUUCAACUGCGGCACUGGAAUUGCAGUAAUUUCAAGUGAGAACAAAGUUAAAGUGGGCAAUUGGCACAGCGUUACUGUGUUCAGAGAUGGACUGGAUGGAUGGCUCAGGCUGGAUAACAACCCUCCAGUUUUUGGCAAAUCACAGGGUCAAUACAGCAAAAUUACUUUCCGAACUCCCUUCUAUCUCGGAGGUGCUCCUACUGCUUACUGGCUCGUGAGAUCUGCAGGAAUCAACCGUGGCUUUCAAGGCUGUGUUCAGUCACUCAUUGUCAAUGAGAAGAUUGUCGAUAUGCGGCCCUGGCCUCUGGGAAAAGCUCUUAGCGGGGCAGAUGUAGGUGAAUGCAGCAGUGGAAUUUGUGAUGAGGCUGCCUGCAUUAAUGGUGGCACCUGCACAGCCAGCAAAGCGGACAGAUACAUAUGCCUUUGCCCACUUGGAUUUAAAGGUCGCCACUGUGAAGAAGCUUUUGUCCUUGCCAUACCUCAAUUCAAUGAGACCCUGAACUCCUUCGCUAUAACUCCCUGGCCAUUAGAGCCACAGAACUAUCUUUCCUUUAUGGAAUUUGAGAUCACUUUUCGUCCCAAUUCAGAGAAUGGAGUCCUUUUAUACAGCUAUGACACCGGUAGCAAAGAUUUCCUCUCCAUUAGCAUGGCGGACAGCUUUGUGGAAUUCAGAUUUGACUGUGGUUCAGGAACGGCUAUAAUCAGGAGUGAAGAACCUGUAAGUUUGAACCAGUGGCAUGAAUUAAAAGUGUCUCGCACAGCAAAAAAUGGCAUAUUGCAGGUUGAUCAGCAAAAGCCGGUUGAAGGAAUGGCGGAGGGAGCUUUCACACAAAUUAAGUGCAAUCCUGACAUAUUUAUUGGUGGAGUACCAAAUUAUGAUAAUGUGAAGAAGAACUCUGGUGUCCUGAAGCCCUUUUCUGGGAGUAUUCAAAAGAUGAUUCUGAAUGACCGGACGAUAGACGUGAAGCAGGAUUUCACAUCUGGAAUCAACCUAGAGAACACGGUCCAUGCCUGUGUGAAUGCUCCCUGUGCCAAUGGCGGGACCUGCAUCCCCAAGAAAGAUGGCUACGAAUGUGAUUGCCCCUUGGGUUUUGAUGGGCAGCAGUGCCAGAAAGAAUGUGGAAACUACUGCCUGAACACUAUUAUGGAAGCCAUUGAGAUCCCACAAUUUAUUGGACGCAGUUACCUCACGUAUGAUAGUCCAGAUAUUCUUAAAAGAGUAUCAGGAUCAAGAACAAAUGUGUUUAUGAGGUUUAAGACGACACUGAUGGAUGGUCUCUUGAUGUGGAGGGGAGACAGCCCUAUGAGACCCAACAGUGAUUUCAUCUCUCUAGGUCUUCAAGAUGGCGCUUUGGUCUUCAGCUACAACCUUGGCAGCGGCAUUGCAUCCAUUGUGGUGAACGGCUCUUUCAAUGAUGGCAGGUGGCACAGAGUAAAGGCAGUUCGUGAUGGACAGUCUGGGAAGGUAACAGUGGAUGAUUAUGGUGCUAGAACAGGAAAAUCACCAGGAAUGAUGAGACAAUUGAACAUCAAUGGGGACCUGUACAUUGGUGGAAUGAAGGAAAUAGCGCUGCACACGAACAGACAAUAUAUGAGAGGACUGGUAGGCUGUAUUUCCCACUUCACCCUUUCCACAGAUUAUCACAUUUCACUGGUUGAAGAUGCAGCUGACGGGAAGAACAUCAACACUUGCGGGACAAAGUAAGAGGAGGAUCUUCUUCACACGGAAGAGCCUUCCUGGCACGCACUUCAGCAACAAGAAAAUGACUGAACUUGCAUAUGGAAGACUCGUUGAGCAGGGCCUGGAAGCAAGAGCCAAACUGAAGGGAAAGCAUAAAGGGACAGGCCCAUUUCCCACUCUCCUUUCCUUUUGGACGUUGUACUGCCUCAGUCAGAUUGAAUGCUUUGGAGCAGAAGCAUCACACCUAACUACUAUGUCUUUAGAGAACAAUCCAGCAAGGGCAGUUGCACACGGAUAGUGCUUCUCCUGCUGGGUGUAUAUGUGUAUAUACAUAUGUGUCCUUCUCUGCCAGAUCCAAUACCAGCUUCAAACAUGCAUCUCGAUAAACCAUUUCCAUUUGCAGCAGUCAACUGACAAACAAGUGAGAGAGAGGGUGGGGGUCACUGUCAAUGCACUGGGUCACUGGCUGUGGGGCCCUGGCUCCUGUGGCAGGGAGCAGCACCUGGUUUGCCAUCCAUGCAUUGAAGGGGGAGGCGUGAGGCCUCCAGCUGUACUUUUCCAGUGCUGCCACUACAUUGAUUCCCACCCUCUCCCCAGCACCCGUGAUGGUGAGGCUGAUCAUCAGAGGGUUUCCCAGACAGCAGGCUUUACCGUGGGUUUUCUGUAAGGCUUUACUGCGAGUUGGAAGUUGCCCCCAAAAUACGAUGCAAAAAUUGGGUUUUUAAAACCCCGGAUAUAGAUUGGGCUACACUCUAACAUGAGAUGAAAAACCCAAAUUGUGUGUGUGAGACGUGCUCCCUGGUAGCUUGCAGGUAACCUUCAGAGUAAAUUUGGCCGAUAUGUGAAUGCACACCUCCAUUUGGGAGAAGAUGUGAACAAAAAGCCGGGUGUGAAAAACUCCCAGGAACCAUGAAUGGGCAGCCACAUGGUCUGCUGAAACCACACUCCUCUGUUUUGGAAUAAGCCAAUACCUCCCCCUGCAACCAUCAUGCACUGGGACCACAGUCUCUGUAUCAAACACUAGAGAAACAGCAGGUCACACAGUUUCUGGACUGUCCCACUUCAGACUGUAGGGAGGAGGAUGUUGCGUACUUGGCUGAUUGCCAGCCUGGGACCAUUGCAAAGAAAUCUCUGUGUAGCAGCAUGACUGGGAGAGAAUGUUCUCCUUGAAAGCGAGUUUUCUACAUACUGGGAGGCUCUCCACACGAACAGAGCCUUACCGGGCGCUGCAGGGAAAGUGGGCUUAGCAGGGAGCCGUCCCUGCGCUUGUGUUAGCCUCCCGGCCAAGGGUCUCCUCAUGACUCACCACGGCACAGAGUCUCACAAGCAGAAGAACAGGGUUAGUGGGAUGCUUGCUCCACUAACCUUGUUUAAGGGGAGGAGGACUUACUGCGUGUGUUGCAGCACAUGGCCGCAGGAAAGUGGGUUAGGCUCCCUUAGCCCGCUUUCCUGCGGUCGUGAGAAUCACCUCAGGGAGUUUUUGCAUGUGGGGUGGGGAUUGAUUCAUUCAGUCCCCCCUUUUGACUGAAGUGGUGCAAUCCAGGAAUAUUUUUAAUCAUGUGGUCUUCUAGUUUCAUCUUGCUUCACCUUUACUCUUCUCCCUGCCUCCCCAGCAGAAAUCAUUCUAUUCUAAUGUCUGAAGCCCAGACUGAAAUCUGUAAGCAGAGAAGGGCUGAUAUUCUGCAGUGGUGUUGAGGUUUUGAAGGACCACAUUGUCAGUUCACAAAGUUGUGCAUCAGUCCAGGUUCUAACAGUAGCAGAGUGAUUGCUAUGGUUUGUAGGAAGCUUCCUUUCGACCAAGAGAGCAGUAUUGAGACAUGUGUACCUUUUACAGUUGGUAAUGACACAAUGCCUGUAUCAUCCAGCAAACCAAGUGGUGUAUUUUUAAAAGCGCUGUAUUUAUGCAUUACUUAUCCCAUUCCCAUUUAUUAAGAAAAAUAUUUUUUGCAGCUUCAUUCUGCCUAAUGUAAAUACCCACACAAGCAAACUCCUUUCCUAAUUAUGCCGUUUGCUGAAGAGGACAGUUCUUACUAUUUAAAGAGUCUACUUUUUUAUUACAAAGCAAUGAAAUAUCGACAACCACAUUUUAUAGCAGUAAUUUUGUACUUGUAUAUUUUUAUAUAGCAGCAGCUGUGGCAUUGAUUGGCUAGCAUAAUUUUGUAAACAGAGUAGAUGUCUUACCCAGGUUAGCAUGUCACACAGCUUCCCCAAAGGAAAUGAAGAGUGCGCUGAGGUGGUUAUAGGCUGGGGCAAGGAAGUUUUGCAUGUGCUUCUGGUACAGUUUCCUUGGACAUAUUUGUGAAAUGUAACUGGUUUUACAAUUUCUCUUUUUUUUCUGGUGUAAAUUUAGACAGCUGAAAAUGUACAUUAAUGAAUCUUUUCUGGCUUAAAAGUAUGGAAAAUAUGUUAAAAUGUGUUCUAACUAUAA